CCGCCCUGCACUCCACUCCCUCCCCCUCCCCCUCGCCCUCGCCGCCGGCAAACCCCCCCUCCUAGGGCGCGCUAUCCGCCUCGCGCCCGGCCUCUCGCACGCACGCCCGCCCGCCCGUAGCCGGAGAAGAGGCGGGGCGGGGUAAGCCAUGCCCAAGGCCAAGAAGAACCCUCACGUUUUCCUGGACAUAUCGAUUGGCGGACGUGCCGCCGAGAGGAUCACAUUUGAGCUGUUCUCUGAUGUUGUUCCGAAGACCGCGGAGAAUUUCCGGGCUCUCUGCACCGGCGAGAGAGGCCUCGGGAUAUCUACACAAAAGCCACUACAUUAUAAGGGAACAACCAUGCAUCGCAUUUUGAAAGGUUUUAUGGCCCAGGGUGGUGAUUUUUCAAGAGGAGAUGGACGUGGUGGAGAGAGCAUAUAUGGUGCAAAAUUUAAAGAUGAAAACUUCAAGUUAAAGCAUGAUCAACCUGGCGUUCUUUCCAUGGCAAAUGCUGGACCAGACAGCAAUGGCUCCCAGUUUUUUAUAACAUUCCUGCCGGUGCCACAUCUUGAUGGCAAACAUGUGGUCUUUGGGAAGGUGGUCACCGGAAUAACCUUGCUCAAGAAGCUUGAGGCAGUAGGUUCUGAUACAGGAAAGCCGACUUCUGAAGUGAAAAUCGUAGACUGUGGUGAAGUCUCUGAUAUAAAUUCCCAGAAUCAGCCAAGGGGCGAGAAAGAAAAAAAGCUCAGAAGAGCAGAAGACAGCUCUGUUGCUGAAAGAAGGGUCAAAACCCAAAAACCACCUAGCCAUGAUAAACAAAAGAAAAAGAGAAAGCAUUAUUCUUCUGAUUCACAUAGCUCAGAUUCUUCUGACACAGAGUCCUACUCAGAUAGUGGCUCGGAAUCAGAUUCAUACUCCUCAUCAUCAUUGGAUACUAGCUCAUCCAGUGACCGUAGACAUAAGAGAAGAAAGAGUUCUAAGAAGGAUAAACGUAGGUCUGCAAAGGGGAAAAGCAAACACAAGAAGACUAAGAGAAAGAGUAGAGGAACAAAAAGGAAAUCCAAACGGAGCAGGAGCUCAAGUGAUGAUUCAGAAAGCUCAAAGACAGGCAGCAGCUGUUCUGACAGUGAAAGUGCAGGCCGUCCUACCAAGCAUUUCUUGAAGAAAGACCCAGAUAGCACCAAAAUGAUAAGUUUGGAGAAAGAUAGUACUCUGGAAGAUGUUGAUAAAGGCAAACAAACAGCUAUACUUGACAACACAUCAAAUGAAGGAAGUAAACCCUCAAAUGCAGAUGGAAAUGGGGCUGGUGCCAGGGAUGAACCUGGUGCAAGCCCUAGAAGCAACCCUAAAGCUGAUACAAGUUUAACAAAAGUAGAUGGCAACAAUGGUGGUGAUGCCGCAGAUGGUGUCAUAUCUAAGACUGAACCUGUGCCAACCAACGGCAAAGAUUUAGCAAUGGGUUCUGCAGACAAUGGACAGCCUCAACGUGUCAGGAAAGGGCGUGGUUUUACUCAGCAGUAUGCAUUUGCACGUCGAUACAGGACACCAUCUCCAGAGCGACCCACUGUUCGGUCUCGCUACAAUGGAGGAAGAGACGAUAGGUGGAAUAAUUUUAAUAGGUAUGGAAGAAACGGUCCUUACGGUGGACGCUCACCAGUAAGAAGAUAUCAUGGCUCUAGUCCAUCCAGGUACCCAAGGAGAGACCGAAGCAGGAGCAGGUCACGCAGUCCAUUGAGAUACCGUGACCGUGGAGGAUAUCGUCGCCCCAGCCCAAGGCGCAGUCGCAGUCGCAGCCCCACAGAGCACCAGCGCCGAGAUGUUAACAGGUUUCGUUCCGGCCGGGGUAGUGGUGGUCCGGACCACCGUAAUACCAGCCCCCCUAUCAAUAGAGGAAGGUCGAGAUCCAGGUCGAAGAGCCGUGAUCCCUCGAGGUCCAGAUCACCGGAUGCUCCUCCAGCCAAAAAGGGUAGCUCGAAAUAUAACCGCAGGCGCAGCAGCAGUUCAAGAUCCAGUAGCCCUGCUGGAAGUAAAGGCUUGGUUUCAUACUGAGAUGUGAAAUCAGUAGUUGAAAAUCCCAUGUUUCAUGCUAGCUUAGUUCUGAGUACUCUUAUGAAUCGUCUAGUUAAUGCACUCUUCUGUAACGAUUCUCUAUCUGAAAUUGUUUGUAUGCAUCCCAGUGUUUGGAUAUGAUAAUAUUGUGACUUCUAAAAUGCUUCGCACCCAAUCGUAAGUACAAUCUAUCAUUGUUGUUUUGUCAUGAUGGGAGCCUUGACCUGUUAAAAGCCUGUUAAUAGUGCUUUUUAGUGGCUUUGUUUAGAACCUGUG